UACCAGGUGCUCUUUUUGAACUGGCGUUACGGUGCUGUAACUUAUGGACGAGCCAAUCACAUGUAGGAUAACGCGUCACUAACCAGAACAUCGACAGCUGUCAUUAUCAAAUACGUUUUAUAGUUGUUCACUUGAACGAUGACAAAGCAAAAACACUCUACUAAUGAUGUCACACAUUUUUCACCUGUUCAUCAUCAUAUGAAUUUAUUAUAUCAACAAAUGUCUUUAUUCAUAGACUUAAAACCAACAUUGCAAAAUGAAGUAUUUACAGCAUUGCUAUGCCGUAUAACCUCACAAAUCUAAAAAUUCUUGGUAGAAAAUCGCAGACACGAUUAUCAUUUGCUAUACGUCGAUCAUUAUGUACUAAAUGCUUAGUUCCAUUACAAUUGUCGGGCAAAAUAAGGGUGAGGAAACGACGUAUUCGUCUGUCAUGUGCAUUAUGUAAUCACCAAUCGACUAUCUCUUAUCCAAUUAAUAAGUGGCGUGCAAGUUAUUCAGAGUCUGUACUACCAGAUUCUUUUUGCUGUAAUGAAACUAUUGAAAAAUCCAAUAAUGAAUAACCA